AUGGCAUCCUCAAUGGCUUGGAGAAGGUUAGCCGCUGCGCCGGCGCUUCCUCGCGCUCUCAGAACUCCUACACAGAGGGCUUUUUCCACAACUAGACCAGCCGCCCGCGUUAUCGCCAACGGGCCCCUCCGGGCGAAGGAGGCAUCGCCAUUCGUGAGCAGCAAGUACCCUGUCAUCGACCAUGAGUACGAUGCGAUCGUUGUUGGUGCCGGUGGUGCCGGUCUCCGUGCCGCCUUCGGUCUCGCUGAGGCCGGCUUCAACACUGCCUGCAUUUCCAAGCUCUUCCCCACGAGAAGUCACACAGUCGCUGCCCAGGGUGGCAUCAACGCCGCCCUCGGCAACAUGCACAAGGACGACUGGAGAUGGCACAUGUACGACACAGUGAAGGGCUCCGACUGGCUCGGUGACCAGGACGCUAUUCAUUACAUGACCCGCGAGGCUCCCGCUUCUAUCAUCGAGCUUGAGAACUAUGGCUGCCCCUUCUCCAGAACCGAGGACGGCAAGAUUUACCAGCGUGCUUUCGGUGGUCAGUCUAAGGAGUACGGCAAAGGCGGCCAGGCUUACCGUUGCUGCGCUGCUGCCGAUCGUACCGGUCACGCUCUUCUCCACACUCUCUACGGCCAGUCUCUCCGUCACAACACCAACUACUUCAUCGAGUACUUCGCCAUCGACCUGAUCAUGCAGGAUGGUGAGUGUCGCGGUGUUCUCGCCUACAACCAGGAGGAUGGUACCCUCCACCGCUUCCUCGCCAACAACACCGUUCUCGCCACCGGCGGUUACGGCCGCGCCUACUUCUCUUGCACUUCGGCCCACACCUGCACCGGUGACGGUAUGGCCAUGGUUGCCCGUGCCGGUCUCCCCAACCAGGAUCUCGAGUUUGUCCAGUUCCACCCUACCGGUAUCUAUGGUGCCGGCUGCCUGAUCACUGAGGGUGCUCGUGGUGAGGGUGGCUACCUCCUCAACUCCGAGGGUGAGCGUUUCAUGGAGAGAUAUGCCCCUACCGCCAAGGAUCUUGCCUCUCGUGACGUCGUCUCCCGCUCCAUGACCAUGGAGAUCCGUGACGGCCGUGGCGUCGGUGCCGAGAAGGACCACAUCUACCUCCAGCUCAGCCACCUUCCCGCCGAGAUUCUUGCCGAGCGUCUCCCCGGUAUCUCUGAGACGGCCGGCAUUUUCGCCGGUGUCGAUGUCCGCAAGCAGCCCAUCCCCGUCCUUCCCACCGUCCACUACAACAUGGGUGGUAUCCCCACUCGCUACACUGGUGAGGUUCUUACCGUCGACGAGUCUGGCAACGACAAGGUCGUUCCCGGUCUCUUCGCGUGCGGUGAGGCUGCUUGCGUGUCUGUCCACGGUGCUAACCGUCUGGGUGCCAACUCUCUCCUCGACUUGGUCGUUUUCGGCCGCGCCGUUGCCCACACCAUCCGUGACAACUUCACCCCCGGCGCCAAGUUGAAGCCCGUUGAGGCUGAUGCCGGUGCCGCCGAGAUUGAGAUGCUCGACAAGAUCCGCACUGCUGACGGCCCCAAGAGCACCGCCGAGAUCCGUCUUGCCAUGCAGAAGACCAUGCAGCGCGACGUCUCCGUCUUCCGCACCCAGGAGUCCCUUGACGAGGGUGUUGAGAAGAUCAACCAGGUCGACCAGACCUUCUCCCAGGUCGGCAUCAAGGACCGCAGCAUGAUCUGGAACUCUGACCUUGUUGAGACCCUUGAGCUCCGCAACCUGCUCACUUGCGCUGUCCAAACCGCCACCGCCGCCGCCAACCGCAAGGAGUCUCGUGGCGCCCACGCCCGCGAGGACUACCCCGACCGUGACGACGAGAACUGGAUGAAGCACACCCUCACCUGGCAGAAGCCCCACGGCAAGGUCGACCUCAAGUACCGCCGUGUUAUUGGCACCACCCUCGACGAGAACGAGUGCAAGCCCGUUCCUCCUUUCAAGCGUGUCUACUAA